CCAGCUCAGCCCCUGCCUGGGUCCGCCUGGGCCAUGACCUCCAAACCAACCAAAAAGAAAGAGGUGCAUCGUAUCAACUCGGCGCACGGAUCGGAUAAAUCUAAAGAUCAGUAUUUUUUGGGCAGCAGGGGACAAAAUGAUUCUGUUGAACAGAAGAAGGGGAAAUUCUCAAUCUGGCCAGAAUGGAAUGAAGCUGACGUAAACGCAGAAAAGUGGGACGCAGGCAAAGGUGGAAAAGAAAAGGACAAAAUGGGGAAAAGCCCUAUAUUUCAUUUUUUUGAAGACCCUGAAGGAAAGAUUGAAUUACCACCAUCACUGAAAAUUUAUUCCUGGAAACGUCCACAGGAUUUUUUAAUUAAUCGGGUUCCAGUAGUCGUGAAAAAUGAAAUCCUGUUUGACUUGUUCUCAGCAAAUGAACAUUUGCUCUGCAGCGAGCUGAUGAGAUGGAUUAUCAGCGAAAUCUAUGCUGUGUGGAAGAUCUUCAACGGGGCUCUUUUGAGCAAUUAUUUUAAAGGGACUGCAGGGGACCCUCCUCUUCUCGUCUGGAAGCCCUGGGAACACAUAUACUCUCUGUGCAAGGCUGUGAAGGGUCACAUGCCUCUGUUCAAUAGCUAUGGAAAGUAUGUCGUGAAACUUUACUGGAUGGGUUGCUGGAGAAAGAUAACUAUUGAUGACUUUCUGCCUUUUGAUGAAGAUAACAAUCUGUUGCUUCCAACUACAACCUAUGAAUUUGAACUCUGGCCAAUGCUUCUGUCUAAAGCUAUCAUCAAGCUGGCAAAUGUUGACAUCCAUGCAGCAGAGAGGAGAGAACUGGGAGAGUUUACAGUUCUUCACGCACUCACAGGGUGGUUACCAGAAGUCAUUUCUCUCCACCCAGGAUAUAUGGACAAAGUUUGGGAGCUCUUGAAAGAAAUAUUACCUGAAUUUAAGCUGUCAGAUGAAUCCAGCUCUGAAAGCAAAAUAACAGUGAUAGAUACCAAAUUAAAAGAAUCAGGGAAAGAAGUGAAAGAUGGCAAAGAAUUCAGAUCUGAAAGUUCAACAACAACACUAAAGGCACCUGAAAAAAGUGACAAAGUUCCAAAGGACAAAGCAGAUGCAAAAGACCUUGGGAAGAAGAGGAGUAAAGAUGGAGAAAAGGAAAAGGAAAAAUUCAAGUUGUCACUCCACGGUUCAAGACCCUCAUCAGAUGUGCAACACUGUCUGUCUCUUUCAGACUGUUCUUCGGGAAUACAGUCCCCUCACAUGGUUGUAUAUGCUACCUUUACACCUCUCUAUUUGUUUGAAAAGAAGAUCUUUUCGUUAGAGAAGAUGGCCGAUUCUGCUGAGAAGCUGAGAGAAUAUGGGCUUUCCCACAUCUGUAGCCAUCCCGUGCUGGUGACCAGAACCAGAUCUUGCCCCCUGAUAGCACCUCCGAAAUCACCUCUUGUCCCUCCCUGGAAACUCAUCCGUCAAAAAAAAGAAACUGUUAUAACAGAUGAAGCUCAAGAACCAAUAAUAAAGAAACCUGAACAGUUUCUCGAGAUUUCAAGUCCGUUUUUGAACUAUAGAAUGUCUCCAUUUAAAAUUCCAACAGAAACUCGUUUUGUACAAUCUUUUAUUAAGAAAGGGGUGCCACUAGGAUCUGGUUUACCUUCCCUUAUGGAAAAUGAUGAAACUACCGCCGUUAGCCAGCAGGACUUAAGUCAAUUGACGGGAACUGUAUCUCAGGGUAAUGUUGCUUCACAAGUUAUACCUGGAAAAGGUAAAGAUGAGCUAACAGACCUUGGAUUGAAUGAUGCAGCCCAUCAAGCUGAGAGAAUUAGUUUGGAAAGAGAUUUGGUCAGCCAGACGACAGAAACACAGGAAAAAUCGCAGGAGGAACUUACAGCAAUAAAUACUGGUAUUUCUAAAGAAAUAUGGUUAGAUUUUGAAGACUUUUCUGUAUGCUUUGAGAAUAUAUAUAUUUUCCACAAGCCAAGUUCAUAUUGCUUUAACUUUCAAAAAUCAGAAUUCAAGUUCACAGGGGAACGAGUGUCCUACUAUCUAUUUGUGGAUUGUCUAAAACCUAUUGAACUACUGGUUUGCUUUUCUGCAUUGGUCCACUGGGGAGAAUCUGGAGCUUUAAGAAAAGACAGCCCUCCCAUAGAGCCUGGACUACUUAUAGCUGAAACAGUUUCUUGGAAAUCUCUGAAGCCACGCAAUCUUGUUCUGAAGAUUCAUACAUAUGCUACCAAGGCUGCAAUCAUUCGCCUGCCUGUUGGGAGACACAUGGUGCUGUUCACUGCAUAUUCUCCUUUUGGGCAUUCCAUAAACAUCUGCAGCAUGGUGACUUUCGUCAUGGGAGAUGAAGAUGCUGUGCUACCUUCCUUUGAGCCGGAGAGCUGUCGAUUCACAGAGCAGUCUCUAACGAUUUUGAAAGCUGUUGGAAAUGUGAUUGCUAGUUUCAAAGAUAAGGGCAAACUUUCUGCAGCUCUGAAGGAUCUACAAGCAGCUCACUACCCCGUACCCCUCCACAACAAGGAACUGACUGCGCAGCACUUCAGGGUUUUUCAUAUAUCUCUAUGGCGUUUAGUGAAAAAAACUCAAAUGACAAAACCUCCUCCAAACUUCAAGUUUGCGUUCCGUGCGAUGGUUUUGUACUUAGACUUUCUUGAUUCCUCCUUGGAAGACGUUUCUUUAGCGGAAUGGGUAGACGUGAAAUAUUCUGUGCCACCAAGUGAUAAAGAGUAUUCUCCUGAGGAAGUAGCAGCAGCAACUAAAAUUCAAGCCAUGUGGAGAGGGACUUAUAUCAGAUUGCUUAUGAAAGCUAGAACACCAGACACAAAGGAAAAUACCAGUGUUGCAGAUACUCUUCAAAAAAUUUGGGCUAUAUUGGAAUUGAAUAUAGAACACUAUGCGAUUUCUCUCUUAAGACUAAUGUUUAAAAGCAAAUGCAAGUCUAUUGAAUCUUAUCCAUGCUAUCAAGAUGAAGAAACGAAGGUUGUUUUUGCUGACUAUACUGUGACAUAUCCUGACCAGCCACAAAACAGUUGGUUUAUAGUAUUCAGAGAAACAUUUUUGGUUCCUCAAGAUAUGAUUUUGCUUCCCAAAGUAUAUACUACGCUUCCAGUCUGCAUCGUCCACGUUGUUAAUAACGACACAAUGGAACAAGUGCCGAAGGUGUUCCAAAAAGUGGUGCCCUAUCUUUAUACCAAAAAUAAGAAAGGGUACACAUUCGUGGCUGAAGCAUAUACUGGUAACUCAGCAGUACCAUCCUCACGAUGGAAACUACGCCUCAUGGGUCCCUAUCAUCCAUUCCCCUGCCUCUCUCGAGACCCUCCAUGCAACACCUUCACCAUAAACGAAAUCAGAAAUUACUACGUACCCAAUGAUAAGAAGAUUUUAUUCAGGUAUUCAGUUAAAGUUGCAUUACCACAUCCUGUUACAAUACACGUAUGCACAUCCAAACCAGAUGCAUUCAUCAAGAUACAGGUCCUAGAGAAUGAAGAAACUAUCGUGAGCUCCACUGGGAAGGGCCAAGCCAUAAUCCCAGUGAUUAACUUCUUGGGAAAUGAAAAAGCUUUGAGCUCCCAGUCUAGCAAGCAAAUUCUUUUAAGUCAUGCUUCAUCCAAGAAAGAGCAAGAAUUGUACAACAAGAAGAAAUCUGCCCAGGGGAGUCAGAAAUCCUACAAGGGUAAACUUGCAAGUGCAAUAGUUGACACUGGUCAGCCUAUUUUGGAAGAGGAAACUAUCAGUGUGCCCACCAUAGAUGAAAAUGCUAGCACGCCACAGCAGGUUUACAAGUAUAUCAUACAGUGUUUGGUGUUGUAUAACAGUUGGCCUCUCACCGAAAGUCAACUGAUGUUUGUUCAAGCACUGAAAGACUUAGAGAAAAGUGAUAGCAAAGGUCAUGGAGAGAAACUUGAGGAAUCAUCAGUUACCUUGGGAAGCCCAGAUUCCCACACUAUCAGUGAGGGUCAGAAAUCUUCAGGAACUUCCAAAACAACAAGAAAAGGCAAAGAAAAGUCUUCCGAGAAAGAAAAGACAGCCAAAGAAAAACAAGCACCUCGCUCUGAGCCUCAGUUGUCCACUGCUCACUCUCAACCAGAAGACCCAAAUAAACCCUACUGGAUUUUGAGGCUGGUCUCUGAACACAGUGAAGCAGACAUUUUUGAAGUGAAAAAAGACACAGAAAGAGCAGACGAAAUCCGAGCCAUGAAGCAAGCCUGGGAGAUGGCUGAGCCAGGGAGAGCAGUCAAGGCUUCUCAGGCUCGUCUACGUUACCUCAACCGGCUCUUUAAGAAAACACCUGAUGCUGAGAGUUUGCCCGUGUGUGGAAGUCAAACUAAAGAAGAGGAACUUGAAACAUCUGCGAGUGCCACAAAAGUGCCCGACGUAAAGAACCCCAUGAGUUUAGAGAGCACACCACCAGGGAGUACGCUGUGGAAGAAGUGGCAGCUAACCAAGGGCUUGAAGGAUCUGACAAAAUCGGUGAGCAGUGAAAGUGGAGCGGUGUCUCCGGCAGGGAAAGAGGAGCGUGAGCAGAGCCUUCGGAAGGACGUUAUCGCCUGGGACUUUUUUUUUUUAACAGGGCCUCAUUCACGAUCCCCAACACUUUUGGAAAUAUCUCCACGACUUAUUCGAAAAGAGCUAGAAUGUGUAGACUUAACUCAAUAUGUACGGAAAACAAAAACUGAGCCCCUGCUGCAAACAGAGGAACUGAACAAGCAGCAGGCAAUGCAGAAAGCAGAGGAGGUCCAUCAGUUUCGACAGUACAGGACCAGAGUCCUUAGCAUUAGAGACAUUGACCGAGAGGAACGACUUAAGUUGAAGGAUCGGGUCCUGGAGAUGUAUGGGGAAAUGCGGGACUCCUUAGAUGAAGCCCGGCAGAAGAUCUUCAACAUCCGGGAAGAGUACAGAAACAAGUUGCUGCAAGCAGAGCGCCUGAGGCUGGAGGCGAUGGCUGAGGAGGAAGCAGCCUUAAAGGCGGAGUCCGAAAAGAAGACCUUAGCCCCUGACGCACAGAAAAAAAAGAAAGGAAAGAAAAAGUAA